GAAGAAGCGGACCAAUCACUGCUCGAAAGCCAACUUGUUUGGAUUUACUCGGUUGCGGUUUCCGACUCUCAAUUAAAUCUACUUUUCAGUCCUGGCUGCUACUUUUAUUUGUGUUUACAGAUGUUUUUGCUUGUUUUGUUUGUUCAUUUUCGUUGUUCUUAAAAAAAGUCGUGAAAGUAGAUAGAACGAUACAAGCUAGCAAAACUCUGGAAGCUAGCGUAAUGCUUAUCGUUUUAAAACCUACAUGACAUGUACGAUACGAAUGAGUUUUUAAUUUUUUAAUCAUGUUUUUAUGCUAGCAAACAUGGUGUGACUUUGUUACUAAGGAACGGACGAGUACAGAGAUGGAGGUGUCCGCCAAAGGCAGAGCCAAAAGAAAGCAUCUGAAUGCUCGGGACUGCGCCCAACUGGGACGAAGUGCGAACGGGACAGAUGUUCUGACUCAGCCCCACACAUCAAACCAUGGGCUGGGGUACCGCAACCCAAACCGGGGGCUUCAUCCCAGGUCACCAGCAAAGAGAAGGAAACCUGCUGCAGCAGCAUCUGGAAGUCCCUGUGACAAACAGAAGUCCAUCAACAGCUUCUUCUCUGUGACAAAAGUUCUCAGCUCCAGUCCACACAAGUCCCCUCAGUCAUCCUCAUCUGCAUUUCCUGUUCAACAGUCGAUGGACGUUGAGGAAGAGGAUGAUGAUGAUGUUAGCCUUCUGGCUGCUUCACUUCAAGUAGAGCCUGUGGAGGAAGAUGAGAUCGACGACACAAGUUUGUUAUCCGCUGAGACGCCCCCAGAGCUUGAUGGGGAGGAAAAGAGGAAAUGUGUUGAUUCCGGCCUUUUCACUGUGGGAGUGGAGCGCAAGGAAGCUGUGGACUUCAGUGAAGAUCUCCUGGAAGGAAUGACGGCAGAGAUGUUUGGAGAUGACGAAGAAUUUGAAAAAUACGGCCUCUGCGGGGAUGAGGAGGAGGUGGAGCCGCUCCCCGACGCCCACUACGGACUCCUGGGCAGCAACAGCGUCUUGCAGGAGCCGCAGGGCCGCAUGGACGACCUCCCGGAGGAAGUGCUGGAACAGAUCUUGAGUCUGGUUCCUGCUCCCGACCUCUACCGCAGCGUCAGCCUAGUCUGCCACCGAUGGAAGAACAUCGUCGACAAUCCCAAGUUUGUGCCGUUCAAGAAGCAGUACUACCGCUACAGCAUGAGGGAGCAGGACACGGUGCAGGAAAUCGUCAACGUUCUGAAAAACAGCAGGAUGAUUGGAACCGGCUCUUCAGAACACUGCAUACGAAGCCUCAUUCUAUCGAUGGCUCAGCACGAGCUUGGAGAGCGGGUCCGGCCAAAGGACGUCCUGGAGUGCGUCAAGAAACAUCGCCUUUACCCGCAGGCGGAGGCCGCCAUCCGGUUACGCAUUCCCGAUGUUCACAAGUACCUUCACCUUAAUGCUGGGGGUCCAAACCCGUUUGCAGCCAUGGCUGCCAUUCUGGUUCUGAGCGAGAGCGUCGGGGAUGUGGAGGACUUGGUGUUGGUGCUGCGCCGCUGCAUCUCACUCACUGCGAUCACAGAGUUCCUCAGCCACAUGGCCACCAUGCUGCUGGCUCUGAACAGAAACAGAGUUCAGAUCAGCAACAAGUUACACUACAACAUCUACUACGUCCUUCAUCUGAUGGAGAACGGUCCGUUUGUCGCCGCUUCUGCUCAGGACGGGUGUCCCCAGAUCCACCUCACACGCGAGCAGCAGCAGAUCCUCAGCCACCAGAUCCAGCAGGACCACGUGGUCAAAAUAAUCGCAUUUGCAGGGACGGGAAAGACCACCACGCUGAUGAAGUUUGCAGAACAGCGGCCUCAUCUGCGCUUCCUCUAUGUGGCCUUCAACAACUCUGUGGCGUGUGAGGCGCGCCGCCGCUUCCCCAGCAACGUGGACUGUAAGACCGUCCACUCCCUGGCUUAUAAAGACAUCGGCAGAAGAUAUGCACUAAACAAGAAGCUGACCUUCAACGUGGCGCCGUUUUCCCUCAACUGUGUUUUGCCCCCUGGACGGGGCGGCUUCGCCAAAGCCAAAGUGGUGGCCACGACGUUGCAGAACUUCAUGGCUUCAACCGAUGCGGUCAUUUCCACCGAGCACGUUCCCAGCUGCUACCCGUCAUGUGACGGCAACUUUGAAUGGAUUCCCGAGUCUGAACAAAAGCUGUUUGCUGAAGACGCAAAGGAGAUCUGGAGAAAAAUGAAGAAUGUUAAAGAGAGGUCGAAACACGCCUAUUACAUGCCUCAUGAUGGUUAUCUGAAGUUAUGGCAGCUGCAGGACCCGAAGCCCUGCCUGUCUGACCGCUACGACGUUCUCUUCAUCGAUGAGGCUCAGGACUGCACCCCCGCCAUCUUGGACGUGCUGCUGUCUCAGCGCUGUGGGAAGGUCCUGGUUGGAGAUCCGCACCAGCAGAUCUACACCUUCAAAGGCGCCAUCAAUGCCUUGGAUAUCGCCAACCACACUCACGUGUUUUACCUGACGCAGAGUUUCCGCUUCGGUGCUGAGAUCGCUUACGUGGGCGCCACCGUCCUCAAAGUCUGCAAGAAAGUGGACAAGAUACUGGUUGGAGGAAAGCAGAGUGGCCACGUCUGUGAUCAGUCUGCCGCUGAGGCUUUGGCGGCCAUGAAGGCCGGAGCCAGUCAGAGCCGAGGGAAGAUCGGCAUCCUGUCCCGCUGUAAUUUCACCGUCUUUGUCCAGGCGGUCAACCUCACAAACGCCAACCCGCUCUGCCGGAUCCACUUCAUUGGGGGUGUGGAAAGAAUCGGGCUGGGAAAGAUCAUGGACAUCUUCCAGCUCAUGAACCAGGACAGAGAAAAGAGGAAACCAAACGCCAUCCGGGAUCCUCUCAUCCGCUGCUUUUCGCUCAGGAAGGAGAACGGCUUCCUGGCUCUGAAGAAAUACGUUUCACAGACGGAAGACAAAGAGCUGGACGGAAAACUGAACAUCGUAGAAAAGUACCACAAGGAGCUUCCUGAGCUGGUGAACCGGCUGAAAGCCUGCAGCGAGAUCGAUUUUAAAGACGCAGACUUUACUCUUGGAACGGUCCACAAAGCUAAAGGGCUGGAGUUCGACACCGUCAUCAUAACGGAUGACUUCGCAAACUCCCCCAAUUCCAGACAAGGCGUGCGUCGACCUCCUCAGUUUGCGAUCCAUGAAAUCCCGGCAGACGAGUGGAACCUGGUUUACGUGGCUGUAACCCGCGCCAGGAGGUCUCUGGUCUUCACCAGCACCGUCCUUCGUCUUCUCAACAUGGCGGGGGAGUACUUCCUGAAGUCGGAGAUGCCCGUCGAGGGCCCGGGGCCUCCGCCCUGCUCCGUCUCAGACUGCCCCAACUGUCUGACCCCAGGCUCCGCCUUCAUCAUGUCGAAAAAGAAGAUCCAAUGUACGGAAGGCGUGACUUUCAGCGGGCCGCUGUGCGAGAGGUGCGUGUGGGCGCGCAUCGGGCCCGUCGCCUUCCUCAUGACGGACGACGUGCUCUCCAUGGCCGAGAUCCCGCGGGGGCCGCAGCCGGCGGUCAACGAUCGAUGGAUCAUGGUUGUGUUAUAGAUGCCUGGUUGUAUGGUUGUAAAAGAACAAAAGUUGAUUUUUUCGCCAAAGUAAUGGAGCCCAAACAACUGUUUUUACUUUACUAUGUAAAAGUAUUUUUAACAGGCUGUAAAUUGUCAAAAUAAGACUUUUUGGAAGAAUAAAACUUUUCUUUUCUUUCUUUUGUCAUACAAAAAUGUAACAUUUCAACUUUUUUGUUUGGUUGCUUUCUUUUGAUUUGGAUGGUUUUCACCCACGGAGCGGCCGAAACAACGGAAAACAGACCUGCAGUUCCAACAACUGCCCACUUGGGGGCAGCAAACCGCCUGAGAGCAGGAAACCGGAAAAAAACAGCAAGCUGGCUCUAGGGAAUUCACCACGGACUUGAACCACGGGAUGGAUCGUCUUCAGUGUCGUGUUUAUGCUAAACAAAAUCUAAACUCCUCAUUUUCAUCACCUCUUUAUAAAAAUGCUUAAAUUAAAAACAAUUUGCAACAAAUCGAAAUCAAUUUUCAUUUUAUUGUUAAUGUUUGUUAUUCACAAGAAGUUAUCAUAAGUUGCUAAACCUCCUUUUAAAUGUUCAUUUCAAGUGUCAAUAAGCCCUUUUGUUCCCCCUUUGGCUCUGUGGAAGUGGAAAUUGUGUCUGAUGGUAGUUUUCAAAAAUAACAUUUGUGUGAAUAAACAGAAAAAAAAAUGAAA